GCACCACGGUCACUCCUAACAUCUGCAACACGUGCGGUUUUAAAAUUGUUUUGGUCCAUUCAAUUGGUUUUAAACAUCGUUUGAUUCAUUAAUUAAACCUUCCAACAAUGAAAAUCCGCAAGAAUCAUGCUCGCAAGCGUUAUCGCUACAAUGUAAACCGCAAGACGAUGAACAAAACUCGGAGUUCCACCGGAAAAAUUAAAGAUCCCAGGAUGAAAAAGAUGUGGAUGGAGGACCAGCGUGUGGGCACCAACUUCAGUGAAAUGGGUUUGGCCAAGGACGUCAACAAGGCCAUUGCGAUCCCCAGCUACAAGAAGGACCGUCUCCUGGCGGCCCGAGUUGUGAAUGGGUUUUUGGAGGAAGAGCUGGACGAGGAUGAGCGGCGGGUAUUGGGCCUCAAGAAACCAGUCGUAGAGGAGGGUCCAAAACGCGGACACGUAGUCCAGGAACUAGAACAACUGGCUAGCGAGCGUGCCGACCCAGAGUUCAGAUUACCCAAGGGCGUGGUCAAGGAACUGUCCUACUUUCUUAACAAACAUAAAUUUAACUACAAGGCGAUGGUGGCCGAUCGGAAAAACUUUGGCCAGUGGACGUGGCGGCAGUUCCGCUUGAAGAUUCGCAGAUUUAUGUCGAUUCCGGAACAGUUUAACGUUUACCUGGAGCAGAAAAAGUUGCCCGUGGGCGUGAAACCUGACUGGGAGGAAUACGAGUCGGACAGUGAAUGGAAAUAAUGGCUCUUGACCAAUGUACAUUAUAGUCGUUUUCGGGUUCUAAUGCUAUUACUUGUAAUGUUUAGACUUACUUUAAUUCUUUUAAUACAAUAAAAUAGGCAAGUAAAGACGAA